AUGAGGUUGGAUCUGUAUACGGAGAUGACGAAGCCGCCUAUCCGUGUGGUUGCGCAACCGCCGCCGUCCCGAUUCUCUUCUCAGCCACAACACUACACGACGUCCUCUCCAGGCUCCGCAGCUCUGAACCCGUCGCAAUGUGGUCUUUCAUCGGUCGGUGCCGCCAAAGCAUCAUCCUACUCAGUUCCCACAAUUAGUGUUCCUCCGAUGGCCAGCAGGAGUUACAACGACAUGGUCGACUAUGCUGAACAGCAGCGACGGCAGAUCGAAGCGAAUCGUCGGGAAGUUGAACGGCGACAAGCGAUGCGCUCCUCGCAAGGUGGCGCUGAUGCUGCGCAGAAACUGAAUCUGAUUCGAAGAGAUCUAGCCGAAGAGGAAGGGGAGCUAAGGAGGUUAUCCGAGUUGGAACAUGAAACGCGUAAUUUGACGAGAAGAAAUGGCGAAAAGGAGAAUGAGUUGAAUAAGCUAAGCGCUGAACUGCGAGAACAGCAGAGCGUACUUCGGGCAGCGGCCAGUCGAGUUGAGACGCUGCAAUGGCAGAUCGAUGAAAUAUAUCGAAGAAGGAAGGCUGCAGCUGCGGCCGCGCUCUCCGAACAGCGGAAAAUGCAGCAGCAGGCUCCACGUGUGCCUGAACCAAGCCGUUCGAUGGCCGUAAACGAGCGACCUCGCGCCUCUGUAGAGCCAUUCCAAGCCAGCCUUGUGUCUGCGCAUGAUACGGAACCGGACUUGAAGGAGGAAAAGUGCGCUGUGGGCGAUGUCUCAGUGGAUGGUAGUCGUUGUGACGCUAGUCCCUCACCACCAAAGGAUCCUCAUCCCACACUGGAGGAGGUUUCCAACGCCUCAGCUGCGGUACUGGCUCCGGAGAAGCCACUCAGAGCGGUGGAAACGACUCGACAACAGGACUUUUUCUUGAAUCACAGCGCAUACGCCGAUAGUAUGGAUGAGUCGAGGUUGCGGAGCGGGAAGACCGACUUGGUAUCCAUUCGGACAGACUCCUUGAAAGCAGCCAAAAGAAGGUCAUGGGCGGCUUCGGAGGGAACUACGUUGCCCGAAGCGGACACGAUCCGCCGGAUACUCGAGGAGCAACGGAGAGGCAGAAAUCACUUCUUGCCUGAACUGCCGACGGCUCAUGAGGAAGUCAAAGCCGAAGCUAACGAAGCCGAGAAGGAAAGCUCGUCUGGCUCUGAUAGGACUGUAACUACUGAUGAUGAGUCUGUGGCAAAGAGUGACGACGAUAUUGAGAUGGAGGUGAAUCGACGAGUUGUGAAGGGUAUUUUGCGUCCACUUGGAUUGAAAGAAAGAGCGUCGAUGCAUCGAGUUCGAUCCGUUGGCGUUGAUUUGUCUGACGUUUCGGUGGCAAAUGAUGAAGGCAUCACUGCUCUACACAACGCCAUUUGCGCUGGCCACUACGAAAUCGUCAAGUUCCUCAUCGAAUCUGAUGCGGAUGUCAACGCUCAGGAUUCAGAUGGUUGGACUCCUCUACAUUGUGCGGCCAGCUGCAAUAAUUUGCCGAUGGUCCGCCAAUUAGUCGAAGGGGGCGCAUGCGUGCUGGCGUCGACGUUGUCCGACAUGGAGACUCCGGUCGAGAAAUGCGAAGAAGAUGAGGAAGGCUACGAUGGGUGUCUGCGAUAUCUGACUUGUGCUCAUAAUGCUACCGGAACGAUCAAUAACGGAACGGUCCGCCAAUUAGUCGAAGGGGGCGCAUGCGUGCUGGCGUCGACGUUGUCCGACAUGGAGACUCCGGUCGAGAAAUGCGAAGAAGAUGAGGAGGGCUACGAUGGGUGUCUGCGAUAUCUGACUUGUGCUCAUAAUGCGACCGGAACGAUCAAUAACGGAACGGUGUACGCCGCAUAUGACUAA